AUGGCCCAUAGGGAAGAGGACAAGGAUCUUUUGAAUGAAGCUCAACAUAAAAAUAAUUUGCCUAUUGAGCAAUCUCCUUUGCAGCGAGUUAUAGGGGAAGCAAAAUUGAAUGGGGACGAUGUUUCAGAGUUUACUUGUUAUCCUAUUUUGGUUAAUGCAUAAGGCCAACAACAAUAUGUUACUUUAACUCUUAAACAAUUGAGAGACCUAAAAGUCGCUUGUUCUCAGUAUGGUCCAACUGCUCCUUUUACUGAAGCUAUUCUUCAAUCUUUGGCUUCUGAUGCCCUUCCUCCAGAAGAUUGGAAACAAUUGGCUAAAGCUUGUCUUUCCAGUGGCGACUAUCUUUUAUGGAAAUCUGAAUUUGCAGAACGUUGUCAUGAAACUGCUGAACACAAUAGAGUGGAAAAUAAUAAUGUGAAUUAUGAGAUGCUCACUGGGGAAGGUCAAUUUACUCAUAUUCAAAAUCAACUUCAAUAUCCUCCUGGAGUCUAUGCUCAAAUUAACUCUGCAACUCAAGCAGCCUGGAAACGAUUACUUUCUUCCAAUAGAAAAACUCAGGAACUUUCUCAAAUUAUGCAGGGGUCUGAUGAACCUUAUCAAGACUUUGUUGCUAGAUUACUGGAUGCUAUCAGCAAAUUAAUAAGUGAUGCUGAUGCAGGAAUGCUAUUGGCUUGGCAGCUAGCAUAUGAAAAUGCCAAUACUGCAUGCCAGACUGCUAUUAGACCUUGGAAGAAGAAAGAUACCUUAUCUGACUAUGUAAGGUUAUGUGCUGAUAUAGGCACUUCAUACUUGCAGGGAGUAACUCUUGCUGCACCCAUGCAAGGCAAAAGUAUAGCUGAAAAUGCCCGAAGUCCGAGGUGGAUCCUGGAAAGGUUGGUACACACCGUGGGAUCCUCAGCUAAUAACCAAAUUCAAACAGAUGACUCUGAAUCCCCACAAGAAGAAAAUACCGUUGAUGCCCCAUAG